CGCAGCGAGGAAGGCGAGCUCUCCGCGCGCCGCUCUUCUAGCCCCUGUGGCGCUGAGUGCGCUCGCCGCUCGGCACCUUCGGACGCUUCCCGCGAUGCCUCCUCCCUAGUUCUUGGGAAGGCUUGGUAACUCCUCGCCUGGAGCGCGCGGCUGCCGUCCCGAGUUCUGUUCCCCGACUAGGCGUCUCUUGUUACGGCCGGGAAUCUCUCAGGAUCCAUCCCGGGUCGACGCGGCCGGCUAUUACCAUGCGCCCCAUCAGACGGCUUGAAUAGCGAAAGGCAGCCGUCGGCACCUCGCCCCCGCUCCCAAUGCCGGCCAGGGCAAAAUGGUUGUCAAGUGAAAAAACUUCUUUUUUCAAAAAAAAGAAAGGAAGACUCGCUUUGCGGCACAAACGAAGCGCCUUGAUUGAAACUUCGAUUGACUUCGGUAGUUGUUGGGAGUUUGACUCUCUUUUUAUUUGAGGGAUUUUUAAACCGGAGCCCGAGGGACAGGCUUCUUUGCUCCAGCCCUGAAGGAGAGCGGACCCAAGAAAGUUGCCCGUGCCUAUUGACAUUGCAAAGCGGACGGCUGUCCUUUGUUUCUCUAAGGCUCCUCUUGGUCCGAUCUCCUAGCGAUGGCCACGGAAGUCGUGUGUGGACUAAUCUUCAGAUUGCUCCUUCCCAUCUGUCUAGUCACUGCAUGUGCGUUCCGCUACAAUGGGCUCUCAUUUGUCUACCUCAUCUACCUCUUACUCAUUCCGCUGUUUUCUGAACCUACAAAAAUAACAAUGCAAGGGCAUACAGGGCGGUUAUUAAAAUCCUUGUGUUUCAUGAGUUUAACAUUUCUGCUUGUGCACAUCAUCUUUCAAAUCACAAUAGCCAGCCUUGAAGCUGCAAAAACUAUUCAACCUAAUUAUAACUGUUUGACAUGGGAAAAAGCACUAAGGCAGAUUGGAUUUGAAAGUGUGAAAGGGGCUGAUGCUGGCAACGGGAUCCGGAUUUUUGUUCCUGAUAUUCUCAUGUUUGUUGCUAGCCUGGUCACAUGGCUUGUGUGCAGAAACAUUGUUCAAAAGCCAGAACAAGAAAAUUUGGGAGAAUACAAUGCACAGUUUGAAAAUGAAGACAUGAAUGAAAUUGAGAGAAUGGAAGCGGAAGAUGCAUUAAUAUGUGAAGAUCUAGAUGAUGCAGAAUGUGGAGAGGAAGAAUUUGAAGAAACCACAAAAUUAAAAAUACUCCGCAGAAUUGCCUCCAUAGCUUCCAAAGUGAAGGAAAUUAUUGGUAACCUUAUAACCACAGCUGGAAAAGUUGUUGUUACAAUUUUACUUGGUACAACAGGAAUGAUGUUGCCUUCCCUGACUUCAGCUGUAUAUUUCUUUUUAUUCUUGGGCUUGUGCACAUGGUGGUCCUGUUGUCGAGCAUUUGAUCCUCUGAUCUUCAGCUGCCUUUGUGUGUUAAUGACAAUAUUCAGUGGAGGCCAUUUAAUUGCACUUUAUCUGUACCAAUUACAAUUUUUUCAGGAAAUUAUUCCACCUGGUGACUAUUAUGCCCGGUUGUUUGGUAUCACUCCAGUUAUUCAGACCAACUGCUCAAGCACCUGGAAACUAAUAACCAAUCAAAAGUUGAAAUGGUAUCACCAUACCAACCCUAUCUUGCUGCUACUCUUAUAUUAUACCUUAGCAACUCUGAUUCGACUUUGGUUAAAUGAACCUAUUGUACAGAUGCCUGAUGAUGACAAAGAUAUAAAUAAGGAAGAUGAAAUAGAGUGCACCCCUCAAAUAACUGCAGACAGAAGACGCAGCUUGUGGUAUACAAGUCACUACACAACUGAUGAGAGAAAACUUUUGUCAAUGACUCAGGAUGAACACAAGCCAUCCGAUGUCCUGCUUGUGACCCUGAAUGGUACACCGGUUGAUUAUCAAAACAUACACCCUUUGCGCCCUAUAGAAAAUGGACCUGCUAGGACAGAUCUAUACUCAAGACCACAAUACAAGUGGGAUCCCUCAGCUAACGAUCUAGAAAAGAAAGAAGAGGAGGAAGAGGAAGAGGAAGGGGAGGAGGAGGAAGAAGAAGAAAAUUCAGAAGAAGAAAAAAACUCCAAAGUUCAUGCAAUGGUCUCAGUUUUUCAUUUUAUCAUGAAACAGAGUUAUGUCUGUGCUUUGAUCGCCAUGAUGGCCUGGAGUAUUACUUACCACAGUUGGUUAACAUUUAUAUUAUUGAUAUGGUCUUGCAUACUUUGGAUGCUUCGUGACCGAAGGAAAUAUGCAAUGAUAAGUUCACCUUUUAUGGUGGUUUAUGGAAACUUAUUAUUAACAUUUCAAUAUAUAUGGAGUUUUGAGAUGAGCAAUAGUGAACUUCCUCAAGUUUCUGGAUUUCUAGAACGGAAAGACCCCCCUGAAUUAGGAUCAAAGAUACUUUUUGGACUUACUUUUUGGCUGCUGUUGAGACAACACCUCACUGAGCGGAAGUCUUUGCAAUUAAAUGAAACUAUUUUGUCAGAGGUCAAAAUUGGAGAGGAAGAGAGUGAAGAAAAAGAUGAUGAAUCCCAAAAAGAAGAAGAAUCCUCCAAAGAGGAUUCUUUGAAAGAGGAAGAAGAAGGAGGGGAAUUAGAGGAGAAGAAGGAAGAGGAUGAGGAGGAGGAGGUGGAAGAAGAGGAAGAGGACGAAGAAGAUGAUGUAAUGAAAGUUCUAGGGAACAUGGUGAUGGCGAUGUUUGUCAAAUACUGGAUUUAUGUCUGCGGUGGAAUGUUCUUCUUUGUCAGCUUUGAAGGAAAAAUUGUCAUGUACAAAAUCAUCUAUAUGAUGCUCUUCUUGUUUUGUGUAGUUCUUUAUCAGGUUCACUAUGAAUGGUGGCGACGAAUUCUGAAAUACUUUUGGAUGUCAGUUGUGGUUUACACUAUGUUAGUGCUUGUUUUCAUUUACACAUAUCAGUUUAAAGCAUUCCCUAACUUGUGGAAAAACAUGACAAACAUGAAUGAUGAUCAGCUAAAGGAUCUUGGCUUAGAACAGUAUUCUACAGCAGAAUUAUUCACCCGCAUUUUUAUCCCAACCUCCUUUCUAUUGGUAUGCAUAUUGCACUUGCAUUACUUCCAUGACCGAUUCCUCCAACUCACAGAUUUAAAAGCCAUAGUCAGAAAACAAGACAAUGCCAUUUACAGACUAGUGCAUCAAGAUGAAAGCUUGCCUGAUCUCACAAUGAUGAAUUUGAAUGCCAACAUUGAAGAGGAAGAGGAAAAGAUGUUGCAAGAACCAGAAAAAAUGUUGCAGGAAGAAAAUAUAAUAGAAAGAAGAAAAAGUGAAAAUGAAGUAGAUGAUAAUGAAAAAAAGGAAGAAGAAUCGGAUGAAGAAGGUGAAGGUGAAGAUGAGGAUGAGGAUGAAUCGGAGACAGAAGAAAUAUUAGAUUUAAAGAACAAAUGGCAUUUGGUAAUUGACCGUCUAACUGUACUUUUCCUGAAGUUUCUGGAAUGCUUUCAUAAGCUUCAAGUUUUUGUAUGGUGGCUUUUGGAACUACACAUUAUCAAAAUUGUGUCAUCAUAUAUUAUAUGGGUAACGGUAAAAGAGGUUUCUCUCAUUAACUAUGUGUUUGUGAUUGCCUGGGCUUUUGCUUUACCAUAUUCUCAGUUCCGUCCAUUGGCAUCUGGUGUCUGCACAGUUUGGACCUGUGUGAUUAUUAUCUGUAAAAUGUUGUACCAGCUUGAAUCUAUUAAUGUUACAUCAUUUUCUAUCAGUUGUCCAAUGCCUAAUACUACUGAAGAUCAGGAAAACCUGAAUGAAUCACUUCUCUACAAAAAACCCAUUGAUCCAACUGAGUGGGUUGGAUUAAGAAAGUCCUAUCCAUUGCUUGUGUACUUGAGGAAUAAUUUGCUGAUGUUGGCAAUUCUGGCCUUUGAAGUUACUGUUUACCGACACCAAGAAUACUACCGAUGUCAUAAUAAUCUCACUGCCCCAGAAACCAAAACUAUUUUUCAUGAUAUUACCAGAUUACAUUUGGAUGAUGGCAUAGUCAAUUGCCUUAAAUAUUUUGUAAACUACUUCUUCUACAAAUUUGGUUUGGAGAGUUGUUUCCUCUUGUCUGUAAAUGUAAUUGGUCAACGGAUGGAUUUCUAUGCAAUGAUCCAUGGCUUUGCUUUAAUUGCUGUUUUGUAUCGGCGGAGAAGAAAAGCUAUUGCAGAAAUAUGGCCAAAGUACUGCUGUUUUCUGUCAUGCAUUAUUACAUUCCAGUACUUCAUAUGUAUUGGCAUCCCACCUGCACCUUGUAAGGAUUACCCAUGGAGAAAUCCAAAUGCCAACUUCAACUCUAAUAUCAUUAAAUGGUUAUACUUUCCAGAUUUUAUUGUUAAGCCAAAUCCAGUCUUUCUUGUGUAUGAUUUCAUGUUGCUACUAUGUGCAUCCUUACAAAGGCAGACAUUUGAAGAUGAGAACAAGGCUGCUGUACGCAUCAUGGCUGGAGACAAUGUAGAAAUCUGCAUGAACCUUGAAGCAGCUUCAUUUAGUCAACACAAUCCUGUUCCUGAUUUUAUUCAUUGCCGAUCCUAUCUAGACAUGGGUAAAGUGGUUAUGUUCAGUUAUCUCUUUUGGUUUGUUCUCACUAUCAUCUUUAUAACGGGAACCACUCGGAUCAGUAUAUUUUGCAUGGGUUACUUGGUAGCCUGUUUUUAUUUUCUACUUUUUGGAGGAGAACUAUUACUCAAGCCAAUCAGAAGCAUCCUUCGAUAUUGGGAUUGGCUGAUUGCAUAUAAUGUCUUUGUGAUUACAAUGAAAAAUAUCUUAUCGAUAGGAGCAUGCGGCUACAUCAAGUCAUUGAUCAACAAUAGCUGUUGGGUGAUUCAAGCAUUCAGUCUGGCUUGUACAGUUAAAGGUUAUGACAUCCCUUUGGAUGAUCCAGAGUGUAAAUUGCCAAGUGGAGAGGCAGGAAUAAUCUGGGAUAGCAUUUGCUUUGCUUUUCUAUUGCUCCAAAGAAGAGUUUUCAUGAGUUACUACUUCCUUCAUGUUGUUGCUGAUAUUAAAGCUUCACAGAUUCUGGCUUCCAGAGGUGCUGAACUCUUCCAGGCCACAAUUGUGAAAGCUGUAAAAGCAAGAAUUGAGGAAGAGAAAAAAUCAAUGGAUCAACUGAAGAGACAGAUGGAUCAUAUCAAAGCUAGACAACAGAAGUAUAAAAAGGGUAAAGAAAAGGUGCUGAGCAUGAGUGAAGAAGUCUCGGAUGUGCAAGAAAUUCAAAAGGUUGCUGAAGAAGAUGAUGAUGAUGGAGAAGCAGACAAAGAAAAAACCAAGGGCAAAAAAAAGCAGUGGUGGCGGCCUUGGGUUGAUCAUGCUUCCAUGGUCAGAAGUGGAGAUUAUUAUUUGUUUGAGUCGGACAGUGAAGAAGAGGAGGAAGAGGAAGGAAAGGAAGAGGAAGAGCCUCCCAAAAGAUCUGCUUUCCAGUUUCUUUAUCAAGCCUGGAUUACUGAUCCUAAAACUGCCCUACGACAAAGGCGCAAAGAGAAAAAAAAGAAUAAAAAAAGGCAGAAAGUAUCUGAUGAUGUUGAAAUAGAUAUGGAGAGUGCAGAAAGAGAUGAACCUGUGAAAAGUAAAUCUGAUGGCCCUGAUAAUAUUUUUAAAAGAAUAUAUAACAUUUUGAAGUUUACCUGGGUUCUUUUUCUGGCAACAAUAGACAGUUUUACAGCUUGGCUAAAUUCAAUUUCAAGAGAGCACAUUGAUAUCUCCACAGUAUUAAGAAUUGAAAGAUGCAUGCUGACUAGAGAAAUAAAAAAGGGAAAUGUUCCAACUCGAGAGAGUAUCCAUAUGUAUUACCAGAACCAUAUAAUGAAACUUUCUAGGGAAUCAGGAUUGGAUGAAAUUUAUGAGCCUGGACAGGCUGAGAGGACUGCAAGUUUAGAAUCAGCAGCUUCUCGUGACAGUGAAUCCAGCUGCUGUACGGAAGCAACUACACUGUUGUUGUCCAGGCAAUCUACCCUUGAUGAUUUAGAUGGUCCAGACCCUAUUCCUAAAACAAGUGAACGUGCACGACCUAGGCUUCGUAAAACAUACAGCAUGGAUAUGUCCUCCUCAUCUGCUGACAGUGGCAGUAUAGUAUCAAGUGAGGCUACUCAAGUCACUCUGCUGUAUUCCCGUCAGGGGACGGCAGAAACUAUUGAAGAGGUCGAAGGGGAGGACCAUGAAGGAGAAGACGCAGAAGCUGAACCCAUAGAGGAACAUGAAAUGGAAGAUUAUUGUAUGGAUUCUGAAGGAGCUGCAUAUAUUUCUGAUUCAGAUAUGCCAUCCUAUUCUGGUUUGGAUGGCAUUGCUGAACCCCCUCCAUCAUAUAGCAAAGCUGUGAGCUUGGAACUUUUCCCCUUAGAUAGUUCCCAAGAUGAUUCAUCUAGCAGAAACCAAAUGAUGGUGAGCCCAGAUGAAAAUCAGUCUGAAAAACCAGAAGAUUCUAUUCUUCCUCCUUUGACACAUGAACUGACUGCAAGUGAAUUACUACUUAACAAAAUGUUUCAAGAUGAAGAACUAGAUGAAUCUGAGAAAUUCUACUCUGGUCAACCUCGACAUUUGCUUCUUAUUUAUGCGCUAUAUAAUACACUUGUAGCCCGCUCAGAAAUGGUGUGUUAUUUUGUGAUCAUUCUUAAUCAUAUGAUCUCUGCCUCUACAAUUACCCUUGUGCUUCCUAUCCUCAUCUUCCUUUGGGCAAUGCUAUCUGUUCCAAGGCCUAGCAAACGUUUUUGGAUGACAGCUAUAAUCUAUACCGAGGUUACAAUAGUGAUAAAGUAUUUUUUCCAGUUUGGAUUCUUCCCUUGGAAUAAACACUUAGAACUAAAAAAAGAUAGACCUUAUUUUGCUCCUAAUAUUAUUGGCAUUGAGAAGAAAGAGGGUUAUGUGCACUACGACCUUGUUCAACUACUUGCUUUGUUUUUCCAUCGGUCCAUUUUAAAGUGUCAUGGAUUAUGGGAUGAGGAAGAUGGAGGAGACAAUGGGAGUAAUAAAGAUGACUCAGAUGAUGAGUUGGCUGAAUCAUAUAGAAGAGAUUCUGCUGACUCUUUGACGUCAGUCAAUUUGGCAGCAUCUGUUGAAUCCAUACAUGUCCAUUUCCCAGAACAGCAAACCGCCAUCCGCAGGAAAAGUUCAAGCAGUGGCUCACAUUUAUCACAGAGAUCCAGUUUCUCCUCUCACCGUUCAAAGCGAGGAAGUACCAGCACACGCAACAGUAGUCAAAAAGGAAGCAGUGUGUCGAGCAUAAAAAGAAAGUCAAAAAAAGAGCUUCUGAUGGAAAAACUGAGAGAACAAUUUAUCAUUGCAAAGGCAUUUACAAUUAAAAAAGCACUUCAAAUAUAUCUGCCCAUCAGACAGUUUUUCUACAAUCUUAUCCAUCCGGAAUACAGUGCUGUGACAGAUGUUUAUGUCCUGAUGUUCCUAGCUGAUACUGUGGACUUCAUUAUCAUUGUCUUUGGAUUCUGGGCUUUUGGGAAACAUUCUGCUGCAGCAGAUAUUACUUCUUCAUUAUCAGAAGACCAAGUCCCAGAGGCUUUCUUAGUGAUGGUACUAAUUCAGUUUGGAACCAUGGUAGUAGAUCGGGCACUGUAUCUGAGAAAGACAGUCAUGGGGAAAGUAAUCUUUCAGGUUAUCCUUGUCUUCGGCAUACACUUUUGGAUGUUCUUUAUCUUGCCCAUUGUGACAGACAGGAAAUUUAGUCAAAACAUAGUCGCCCAGCUUUGGUAUUUUGUGAAAUGUGUUUAUUUUGGAUUAUCGGCAUAUCAGAUACGUUGUGGCUAUCCAACCCGUGUACUUGGCAAUUUCCUCACAAAAAGUUAUAAUUACGUAAAUCUGUUUUUAUUUCAAGGGUUCCGCCUAGUCCCUUUCUUGACUGAAUUGAGGGCAGUUAUGGACUGGGUUUGGACAGAUACCACAUUAAGUCUUUCCAGUUGGAUCUGUGUUGAAGAUAUUUAUGCUCAUAUAUUCAUUUUAAAGUGCUGGCGAGAAUCAGAAAAACGAUAUCCCCAACCAAGGGGCCAGAAGAAAAAGAAAGUUGUGAAGUAUGGAAUGGGUGGCAUGAUUAUUGUCUUGCUGAUAUGCAUAGUGUGGUUCCCGCUGCUCUUCAUGUCUCUAAUUAAAUCUGUUGCAGGUGUCACAAAUAGGCCUCUUGAUGUAUCCAUCACAAUAACUUUAGGAGGUUACCAGCCUAUUUUUACAAUGAGUGCCCAGCAAAGUCAACUACAAAAUAUGACAAAUAGACAAUAUAAAGACCUCCUCAGAGCAUUUAAUAAGGAUACUGGUGCUUUACAAUUUCUAGAAAACUAUGCGAUAGAAGAUAUAACAGUGGCUCAGCUAGAAGGCAGUUCAAAUUCUUUAUGGACCAUCAGCCCUCCUAGCAGAAAAAAUAUGAUAAAAGAGCUCAAGGCAGAUAAUCCUGAUUUUUCUUUGGUUAUUUCAUGGAACAUUCAAAGAAACAUCUCUCUUGGAGCAAAAGCAGAAACAGUCUCAGAUAAAAUAUCUCACAAUCUUCCAGCUGAUACAAGAAAAAAAAUUGCAGCAAUGAUGGAAAAUCCAAAUCAACAUAUAAACCACUCUGUGAUGCUUGCUGGAGUAUAUCCACAUUAUAUCAAAGCACCUAGCGAUAAUGCUGCAAAGCCUAUAAAACAACUUUUGGAAGGUGGGAAGUUUAAAGAUAUCACUGUUUCACUAUCCAAAAAUAACGAGUCUGCUCAACUUCAUGAAUGGUGGGUUUUAAACCAGAAGAACAAAUUUUUGGAGUCAAAUAAAACUAGAUUGGAACUAAUUGUGUUCAGUGACAAAGUCAGUCCUCCCAGUCUUGGAUUUUUGGCAGGUUAUGGAAUUAUGGGUUUAUAUGCUUCAGUUGUGCUGGUAAUAGGAAAAUUUGUCCGUGAAUUCUUCAGUGGAAUAUCCCACUCUAUUAUGUUUGAAGAGCUCCCCAACGUGGAUCGUAUUCUAAAGCUGUGUACAGAUAUCUUCUUAGUGCGGGAGACUGGUGAAUUAGAACUAGAGGAAGAUUUAUAUGCUAAGCUAAUAUUCCUGUACCGUUCACCAGAGACUAUGAUCAAAUGGACCAGAGAAAAAACAAAGUGAUCUAAUUGGAGUUCACAAAAUUUGGAUUUUUCUUUUUAAAAAGAAGCACAAAAUUCACUUUUAUAAUUGGGAAGCAAUUUUUUGUUCAUGGAAUUUGCUUGUUUCCUUAGGGGGAAAAAGCUUUUUUUUCCAGAUGCAAAUGUUAUUAACAUGAAAGACAUUUUAUUUCCAAUUUAGUGAACAGCGUUAUCUGCAACCACAUCUAAGUUAAUUUUAAGCAGAAAAAAGAUAUCAAAACAGAAUAUGAGAUCUUUUGUCUGAAAAUAAAUCUUGAACUGUGCAAUUUGCUGUUUGACAUCAGUGAUUCUCAAGGAUCUGCCAUGAUCCAAGUUGCUCAUCUAAUCCAAGGCAAUUGAUCACAGUUGGUGCUGAAGGCAAUUUUAUUAUUUGCAUUUCUAGGAAAACAGAUCUAAAGACUAAAUAGCUGUACAAUUCUGGAUGGGAAAGAUCGAGUGAUAUAAUCAUUAACUGCCUUAUUUUAUUUGAACAAUUAAGGAAGAUAUUGAAAACAUCAGUGACUUUACUCAGGAAAAUAAACUUCAAUCUUCAACUAAAGGAUAGUUAUAGAGAAAUAUUGUGAUGUUUUUGCUGGGGCCAUUUUCUCCACCUGACAAGAUAGAUAUUAAAAAGUAAUGAAAAAUAAAGAACACAGUUGAAUCAUGAACAGCCUUUGUGGGCUAAUCGUUUUCUUCAAUCACUACAAAUUGUGCUUUCCCCUAUUUUGACAUUUUAAUGCAAUGAUAUGACUUGUAUCCUUGUAUCCAUUUCCUUCCAGUGUUUCAGGUAUAUCAUAAUGUUUACAUAUUCCACUACCCAUUUUUAUGUCCAAGAUGUCUUUUUAAAAUUCCUAAAUUAUUGCUAUACAUGACACAGGCUGUUUAGCAAAAGACACUGUAGCAUGAAUAUUUAGUGCUGAAAAAUAGUUUUGAUUUGAUGAUUUAAAGCACACUGUUUCUUAACAUGAAUUAAUUAUAAUUAUUAUAUGGUAAGAAAUUAUGCCAUCAUUUCCAAAUAUAAUGUCGUUAAAAGGUAUUGGAAGUGCUAAUCCCAGAGCAUCAUGUUAGCUAGAGAAGAUGGGAAACCCGUAGACUUAAAACAGCUGGAGGGAGCCAAGUUGGGGAAGAAUGGAAUAACUGUAGUUUUCAUUCCAUACCGAUUUCAAACAAAGUUCUUGUUCCAAAGACCAUCUUAAAAGUAUUUUUCCUAUGCUUGUUUACACUGAAUGAAAUUCUCUUUGUAUAAAUUAAAUAUGUCAAACUUGUGAAUGUGUCCAUUAUCAUUAAAAAUGAUCUAAAUAUUUCCUAUAUAUGAUGAUGUAGUAAGUUUCAAAAAUAUAUGACAUUGUGGUAAUGGCACAAACUAACAUGAGAGUAAAAUUACUUGUGUAUUAGUUUGUUAAACUAAAUGUAAUAUGGUGGUGAUGCUUAGAGUUGACUGCUUCCAUGAAAAUAUUGCUGGUACUCUGCUGUGAAAAAUGGCACAUUUUGACACUGGGAAAGGUAUACUGAAAUAAACCAUUUUACCAUACUCGAAUAAUAGAAUGCACCAUGACUGCCACUCACUCAUUCAAACAUAUUUUAAUUUCCAAAGAAACUAUAAUGAAAAUGAACAGAAUCAAUAAUGGAUAUGUUGACAAUGAGGGGGAAGAAAGCAACUUGCAACUAUUUUGUAAUCUUCAAUUGGCCUAACAAAAAUGUUAUCUUUUUAUAGGCUUUUAUUGUUUUCCAAUAACAAGAAAAUAAUUACAGUGACUAACCAAAAGACUAUCAAAUUUAUAGAUGAAUUAUUAAUUGAUGUUUAUCUUGCAUACAUGGAUUCUCUAGGCAGGGGUGUCAAACUCAUGGGCCGGAUGCGUCAUGUGCAGGCCACACCUAUCCCAGCUUCGCAAAGGGAAAAAAUGUUGUGAUAUAUCACAUGACAUCAACGUGAUGCAGCGAGUUUGACACCGAUGCGCUAGAGAAAUCUGACUCACCGACCCUUGUAUUUCAAUGUCUUUUUAAAUAAUUCUGUGCAGCUAUUUGAGAAAACUGUCAUUGCAUCUUACAAAAUAAGAUGGAGUCCAUUAAACAGGCACCAAUUAGAAAUUGUUACCAUAGUAAGGCAUCAUGUGCAUUUUUCUUUCUUAUUUUUUUCUACUAAAACAAGGUUCUCCUGUGAAUCCUGAAACAAAAAACACUUUGCACCUGGUAUCCAAUCUCCUCAUAGUGGCCACUGGCUAGGAAGCCCACAUCUCCGAAAUAGCUAUGGCAACCUUCUUUCAUUUGCCCACCAGUAACUAUAACCAAAAGCACAGUGCUUCUGCUCUUGGAAGCUCCACUUAACUGUAGCUGAAAUUCUCCAUUUAAAAUGUAAAAUCUUUUUAAAUUUUCUCCAUUUAAAAUUAAAUCUUUUAACAUUAUCUAGAAACAUGGUCAUCACAAAGCAGCUUUCGUAAAUGUUUUUCGGCCAGAACUUACUGGUAAUGCAACCUAUCUUAAUUAUCACCACCACCAUGUCCACUCCUCACAUUCUAUUGCUACUUUCUCCUCUGUGAAGUACUAGGUUUUGCAAGCUAUUCCAAUCUCCCCUCCAUUUUCUUGGACAACGACACCUUUGAGAAACAUGUUCCAGUUACAAAAACAGGCUACUGAAGUUGUUUUUGUGUUACAAUAAGAGUCUACUAAUGCAGUCCAUAACUUGGUCAACUUCGAUAAACAGUCUUCAAUACUGUUUUGACAAUAUUUGUUUUAUUUUUUUUUGCAACUAGUACUCAUUUUUAUUAAAAGACAAUAUUUAACAGUGAGUCAAAAACAAGAAAUCCAUGUUACUUCUAAAAUACUGUCUACUAAAAUGUAUAAAACCUCCAUGCAUGCCUUAUGCUUUCAAAGUGAUGUAUUCUGUAAAAGUGCAGUGUGUACCAUAAAUGUUUGAAUCUUUCUGAUUCACAGAGUUAGCAAUUUAUCCUCUACAACACCAAAGCAGAUUCAAUUCUUACAUGGAAUCCCACUUGCAUGUGUCUUGAAGGAAUAAUGUGCUUCUACGUACUAUUUUUUUUGAAUGCAUAUGUAUAAAACAUACUUUUUUUAAAAAAAGUGUCAAUUUUUUAAAAAUACAUAUUGAUGCAAUUCACUUAGAAAUGAACUUCAAUCUGUUCAAGAACCCUAGCCUUCAACAGGAAAAAUGGAUAGAAUGCAUUCCUCUUGCCACUGAAUAAACAAGCCUACCCAGUCACAGCUAAAAUUAAAGGCAUGAUUCUAAUGCAGAUUGUUCAGCGUCCAAAAUCCUGGUGGGGCUUUAACAAUUGUUGUAAACAAUUACAAUUAUAUAGAAAAUGGAUUUGUAAAAUGGAGGCAAAAGGAAUGGCUUCCCUCUCCUCUGAGACAAUAGGAAACUCCAAGCAUUGUAUUUUUGAACCAACAAGGAAAAGUAAUGGUUUUGUUUUUUUUCUGUAGUGCUACCUAUUGUGGAAUACAUGUAUUGCCAUGAAUCUUGAAGUUCACAUUGUAUGAGAAAGAGCUUUAUACAAGCUAAGCUUUUCAUAAAGAGAAGUCAAUGUGAUUGGCCCCUCCGGAUUGCAGUAUCUUUUCUAUAAAUAUAUUUCCAAGCAACAAAUGCACUGUUUCAAGAAAAAUUACAAUUUAGUCUUUGGUUUUGAUAAUAACAGAAAAACACA